AUGUCCAUCAACGACUCCGCUUCUGAUGAGGGCGAGUGGCUCGACCUCGAGUCCGACGAAGAGGCCAUCUCUAUCACAUCUUUCUUUGGCCCCAAGACUUUCCCCAAUGUCGCCGCCAUGCUCGAGGAUAGCAAGCAGAACCACGCAUUCGACUUUGUCGCUCAUGUGCAGAAGCUGAAGCUCGACUUCCACGGCGCCGUGAAGCUCGUCAACUUUGUCCGUGACCAUGUCAAGAAUGGAUCGCCAGUCCCCAAGGAGAUUUCUGAAAAGGACCUCGAGGAUGAGAAGUACCUCCGGCCAGUGCUGGAGAACGACGCUCUCAUCUUCUCGCUCGACGAGGUGCUGGAGAACAUCACCAGUGAGGGUUCAGAGGGAGCCAAGGACAGUGACCUGGUGGUCCGCAACAAGGAACUUGAGGAGGAGCUUGAGAGAGUCAAGAGCCAGUUUGCCAGUUAUCGUCUGACUGUUGAGGAGACGCUGGACCGUCGAUGGGGUGACGACACUGAGCCAGCCAAGACUGAGGGGAAGAAAGACGAUUCUGCCUACUACUUUGAGUCAUAUGCCGCCCAUGAAAUUCACGAGACGAUGCUCAAGGAUGCUGUGCGGACUGACGCCUACCGUGACUUCAUCUACGGAAACAAGCACAUCUUCAAGGACAAGGUCGUUCUGGACAUUGGAUGUGGCACUGGUAUUCUCAGCAUGUUCUGUGCAAAGGCUGGUGCCAAGCAAGUCAUCGCCGUUGACAAGUCAGACAUCAUCGUCAAGGCUAGGGAAAACAUCUUCCACAACGGCUUGGCCAACGUUAUUACAUGCCUGAAGGGCGCUAUCGAGGAUGUCAAGCUGCCCGUGGACCAGGUCGACAUCAUUGUCAGCGAGUGGAUGGGCUACUUCCUUCUCUACGAGGCAAUGCUCCCCAGUGUCCUGUACGCCCGAGACAAGUACCUCAAGCCGGAUGGUAUCCUUGCCCCCAGCUCAGCGACUAUCUGGGUUGCUCCUAUCGCCGACCCAGAGUAUAUCUCUGACAACAUUUCCUUCUGGAGAGACGUCUAUGGAUUCGAUAUGAAGACAAUGCAAGAGGGUAUCUAUGAAGAGGCUAGGGUUGAGGCCAUGCCGCAGAGCGCUGUCUGCGGCGAGCCCUACCCAUUCAAGGUGCUCGAUCUCCACACCGUCAAGGCGGAGGAUCUCCAAUUCACGGCCAAAUGGUCGUCGAAGCUCACGCGCGAGGUUGAGCGUGUGGAUGGCUUCCUGAUCUGGUUCGACAACUUCUUCACCACUGCGCGAAACGACCCAGUCCCUCCACCAGAGACUACACCCGAGACUUGGGACAAGACGAAGCAGGGUGGUGUCGCUUUCACAACUGGCCCCUCCGGCACCGUCACCCACUGGAAGCAAGGACUUCUGCUCGCUCCCCCAGAGGAGAAGCCCUCUGCAAAGUCCCCCACCAGUCUGUCUGGUGAAAUCACCUUCCUGGCGGCCGAAGACAAUGCCAGAGCGUUGACCUUGAAGACCUCAUGGACGGAUGCUGAAGGCGAAUCAAGGCAGCAUUCGUGGCAGCUGAAGUAG